GGUACUCAAAAACUCAACCAGACUCAACAUGAAAAUGAUUCAUAUGCCAAGGAAAAGCCAUUCAAAUCCACUUUGAAAUUUACUGUCUGCUCUCCAGAUUCAAGAACAGAUUCUAUUAAAAAUACAUCCCUGAUUGAGUCAGCUGCUGCUUUUUCAUCCAAACCAACACCAAAAUGCUUGCUGGAGAAAAUUGACGUUAUUACAGGAGAGGAAGCAGAACAUAACGUGUUAAAGAUCAACUGCAAGCUUUUUCUAUUCAACAACACAACACAAUCUUGGACUGAAAGGGGCAGAGGAAUUUUGAGACUGAACGACACAGCACGCAGUGACUGUGGGACAUUACAGUCAAGACUAAUUAUGCGCAAUCAAGGCAGCCUAAGGCUGAUUCUCAAUAGCAAACUCUGGGCCCAAAUGGAGAUUCAAAGAGCAAACCAUAAAAAUGUACAACUAACAGCUACUGAUUUAGAAGACUACAGCAUCAAAAUAUUUUUAAUUCAG